CUGUCAGGGUCAUUCGGCCAUUUUCAUGGUUCUGUGUAAAAAAAUGAGGAUGGAUAAUUCCCGUCGUGUUUAUCGGAGUAAUGUGCGUAAAAUAGAGUCUGGUCGAUAUCGCAAUCCUCCGCCUUCAAAUCAUGCGUCAAAGUAUUGCGAUUCAAUAGUACAUGCAGCCCCAAAGCCUGAAAGCAUACCACUUCCUCCUGACGAAUGGAUGCCGUUCUGCUGUAGUCCAAGUGAUUUAACUGGAGUAACCCAACACCUAAGACUGCUACUUAGGAUACAAACUGCCUAGUUCAUUUUACUUUUCUCAUUUCCACAUGUAAAUACUUUUUGUCCUGUAUAUAUAUAUAUAUAAUAACCGCCCUUUUAAGGGCACCUAACUUCGGUUUUCUUAUUGCUGAAAUCAAUUUACCAGCAGUUAGUUGCGUAUAUUUCAUGUUGGCACUAGUUUGAGUUUUUGUUCAGUGGAGGGAAAAGGUGCCGUCCUGCGGAGAAAUGUGAAGGUAGCUCUGUUACUUCACUAAGGACAAAAUCCUCGUCAUAUUCCAAGAAUAUAUUUUUGUUUGGUAGAUUAUUUAGAUUGUGCCUGCUUUGUGCAUGUUUUAUUCAUAGACUUUCCG